GAAGACAACGAUCCGCCUCACUUGGAGUAGCGUGCAGUGUACAGUUCAGUGGGUUCACUUCCUUCUCUUCUUAAUCUCAUCUUUCACUUCGUCUUCGUCUUCGUCUUCCCUACCCUUGUCCCAAUCCCAAAAUUCUUGUGAUUCCUUCCAAUUUCCAUCAAUCACAAUCGUUCAUUGAAACAAUGCCUAUCAACAAGGAAUCUAUUCCUCCUCCUGUCAUCGGCAAAAUUGGCCCUUACACUGUUUUCAUGACCCCACCUUCUACCCCCAAGCCCUCCGACGCCGUUUUCGACUCCCCCAAGAAGAUCGCUCCGCCCCCGGUUCAGCCUCCUCCCCAGGUCUUUCAGAAGCCUGCUGUUGAUUCUGGUUCCGUCUCCGGGCUUUUCAAGAAUGCGGUUACUAAGGUGCAGCAUGUGCACUCAAGUUUGGAUGAUCAUUUAGCACGCUGGUUUGGCUUGAACCAAUCCAAGUACCAAUGGGCACUAGAUGAUUAUUAUGAAAGCAAGGGAAUGGAAAAGGGGGAUAACAAAGCAAAAGAAAUGUCAAGCAAAGUACAGGGUGCUUAAUAUGCAUUAGUGAGCUGGAUUUAUGGAACGUGAGAUGUGAAAGUUCUCAUUAAAGUGCUGUACAACAAAAGGGUCUGGCAUGUCAGAGUUUUUUGACCGACUGCUUUUGAUAUGGUCUCUUCGGUUGUUUUCCAACCCCAGAAGCUGAGGCUGAUCCAUGUAAAUCUUAUUAUCAAGUAAUAUCGAAGUCAGACUUCUUGUUCUUUUGUCUUUACAACCUCUAAUCUAAGGUUGAGUUGGGUACCUGUUAAUGUUUAUUUUUGAUCAUGAAGGAAAAAGGAGACAAUAUUUGCCUUCUAAGGCUGGCAAUGUUAUCUAAUGCAUUUUUUAUGUAUGAUUUAUGAUUGCAGAAUAAUUUGGUCA